CAGGUCUUAAGCAAUCAAUCAUCCACGCAACCAGUCAAAGAAUCGCACGACGCAAAUCUCACUCGUCCUACGAAACGGCAUCAAUUACCACCGUAUCUCCCUCCCUUUCGUUCUUAUUCACAUUUCUCUCUUUCACGAGCUCUCGUUCUCCUUUGCUCCAGUGAAAGUUUAUUAACUAGCUGGAAUAAUUGGUAUUCCAUUAUAGUUGCAGUCUUGUUGGCUGGUGUAAAGAUAUCAUGUCAGGUGUGGAGGAUGUCAAAGGGCAUGAGCAAGUUGAAGGAAAUGUCACUGAGGAGUCUCAAAAAUCCAUGCCAUCAUCUCAAGAGGAGGAAGCAGUUAUAAAGAAAAAAUAUGGAGGAAUUGUGCCCAAGAAACCACCCCUCAUUUCUAAGGACCACGAGCGUGCUUACUUUGACUCUGCUGAUUGGGCUCUUGGAAAGCAAGGUGUUGAGAAGCCGAAAGGACCGCUUGAAGCCCUUCGGCCAAAGUUACAGCCCACACAACAACAAACACGUUAUCGGAAAUCUCCUUAUGCUCCAGCUGAUGGUGAAGAAGGAGGAGCUGCUCAGCCAGAGGAAGGUUCUGCAAAUGAAUGAGAGAGUGGUUCUUGAUGUUCUGAUCUUGUGAGAACUCCUGAUUAUUAUUCUGAUACCUAUAUAGGUAAUGAGUAAUUUUCGGUUGUUCAAGAGAAUAAAUAUGGUGAACAUAUUUUGUUAUUAGCUGAAAAAGGAACAAAGGACAAUGUUUAUGCAAUUGAGACUUGGAACUAAAAUGUCUUACUACUGCGAUUUUUUUUCCCGCAAUAUGGUAUGGCAUUGUUCAUUUUAAAAGUGAACAACAUAGCCAUUGAAAAGAAAACUAAAA